CUUGUUGGUGCGAAGAGUCGCGGAGGUUAGAUAUGUCUCGACGCAGCGACAGCGGCGAGCACCAGCAACAGCCUGCGGGCUCCCAUUAUGAGCCCAAGGACACGCCUCGGGAAGAAGAAACGGACGUCGAAAAGGGCGCAUUUGAUGCAAGUGGAUCCAACUCCCCAUCCCCCCCAGUUCUGACGACGCUGUCCAAAUCCAAACCCAAAGUGUGGCCGCACUUCAAGUUCAUCUUGACCAUGAUUGCACUCAACAUCACCAUCUUCGUUGUCGAAAUUGGCGAGAACGGGUGGAAGUUCGAGGAGGUGAAAGUGAACCCGCUGGUCGGUCCGUCCGGCGACUUGCUGCUUCGCAUGGGUGCCCAGCGGUCCGACCUGAUUUUCCAGGGCGAGUGGUGGCGCCUGUUCACGGCCAUGUUCCUCCACGGCGGCUUACUGCACUUGGCGUUCAACAUGCUCGCGUUGUACCAAUUGGGCGUGGAAUUGGAAAACACAUUCGACCGGCGUCGAGUCGUGUGCAUAUACUUUGCGUCGGGACUCAUCGGCGCCAUGUGCUCGGCAGUGUUCGUCCCGGAUGUGAUCGGCGUGGGGGCGUCAGGGGCGAUCUUCGGCCUCUUUGGGGCCACGUUUGCCGAGUUUGUCCUGAACUGGGACUUGUACGCAAAUCGAUUGUGUCAUAUGACCAACUUGAUCGGGGUCGCAAUUGUCAACUUGGGCAUUGGGCUGCUGCCGUUCGUGAACAACUUUGCCCACCUCUCGGGGUUCCUCGUACGCAUUUCUAGACAUAUACAUAUAUAUACCGUAUAUAUACAUUCCAAAUGACGUUACAUAUAUAUCACUUUUGGAUGAUGAUAUAUAUAUCACUUUUGCAUGAUGACACAUGUCACAUUUGGACGUUAACGUAUACUAGUACUACUUUUCCUCAUUGGCAACUAGAGUGGUUUGGGCAUGGGGUUUGCCAUGUUAAGUCUCCCAACCUCCCGGCAGCAUCGGCUCUUGAACACCCGCACGCCCAAGCAGCGACUGUUGGCCAAGAUUGGGGGCACUAUUACCAUUGUGUUCACCUUGCUUUUUACUAUUCUGCUGGCCACCGAGUCGAAUGCGACCAAGGCGUGCCCGUGGUGCAAGUACUUGGAUUGCGUGCCGGCGCCCUGGUGGAAUUGCGACGCGCCAGUCCAAGGGGAGUGUCUCGGCCAGCAGUUUACUAACGGCACGCUGGUCAUCACGUGUCCAGGGGGGCGCAAUGUCACGGCUCCGACCGGAAGUGCCUUUUCCGCUUCGGUCUGCGUCUCCGUUUGCUCGUAAUCUAGUAGGAUCACGACAUGGAAACUAUGGCGAUGCGAUUGUAUCAUGAGCGGAUUAAUAGUCGUGGGACACCGCUAAUAUUGUUUGAAAACUGAGGUCUCGGAAUUGCCAUUACACUGUCCUCUCUACUUGAGAGGAUUUGCAAGUGUCCGUUCGGGGUUGCGGUCUGAUCUGCACCAUGUUUUGUGUGUCAGAGGAAGCUAGAACGGAACUUUUGUUUUUGUUUUGCAACAAUCCGUUGGCGUGUACUACUCAUUGUAUAUCCGUAUUUGUGGUAAUUUUCCGAAUUUUCAUCCCUGUGCUUUCCUUGCUUACGUCAUGUGCUGUCCAUGCUUACCCCGUUCAUGAAACAAGUCCACAGAUACAACUUUUCACUGGAAUCGACGUGUAACGCUACCGUUAUCCUAAAGCUGCAACUCGAGGAUUUGAUUAGCUUUAAUCCAAUAUAGUGUGUCCAAU